AUGCAUAUGUACUGCCUGCUCUUCUUGGUCUUCUUCGUUGUGAACGGCGUCCUGACUCAUGUUGCCGCCUUCGAUCCGAGCGACGCCCUUCAUUCCAAAGCGACUGUGACCACGACGGAGGACCCUUCGACUACCAGCGAUGCAGCUGUCAACAUACGUGCGCUAAAGGGUUGGACCGGUGAGGAGAGAGGCCCUGUGUUUGACAGCAUAUUUGGACCGAUGAAGAAAGCAUUCGAAAAGCUGAUGGGCUAUAUCCGCUCGUUUCUAUCUCGCUUUCGUCAAGAACAGGCUGUCAAGCCGACCGAAGACCAGACGCUUGUUAAUAAAGUCAUGGGGCCGCUGCUUUCGGAUACGCACCCGGAAGCGGUGUUUCAUAUGCUUCAUUCCGAGGAAGGUCGGAUAUACAAGUGGCUUGAAUCCACCGCGCUCUAUCGAUCGAAUUCGGGAGAGACGGGGGGUUUUAUUGAACAAACGGUGCUACUUCUGGACCAAUUUUUUGUCACAGACGAGGCGAUACUUGCACGUGUCUUUGCCAAGCUGAUGAUGAAUCAUCCUGAAUGGAAAGAAUUUGCUGAAGCGGUGCAGAGACGUCACUAUAAGGACCUGGUUGUGAAAUACGGUGUGCUUCCCAGUCAGUUUGAACGUCACCUUCUACCCCCUGGUUCCCCUGGUCGCCCUGAUCAGUCAAUCGUCGAUUUACCGAAAGAUGAUCCUAUUUUUCGCGCCUACAAAGCCUUCAUCUUAGAAUUUGCUGAUGCGCAAGGCCCUGAUAAACGAGAGAAGUUGAAGUCCCUCUUUUCCCUGGACGACGGCGCUAAAGCGGCUAAUUAUGUGACCGCAUUGGAGCGAAUGGUUCCUGAUCAGAUUUACCAGAAACAUAAUUUGUUUUCCGAAUGA